AUGGAUUUUUUAAAAGAAGAUGAAGACAUAAACUUAGAUUUACCUGAGACCACACAGAUUAAUCGUGAUCUAUUUGCAAAAGAAAUAAGCAAUAUAGAUUCAUCUGUUGAUGAAGAAUUUAAUGUAGAUAAGUUUCUUAUGGAGAAUAAUUUUCAUUAUAUGGAAUUGGACCCAUUACUUCGAGAUUUAUCAGGGCUGUCAUCCGUUAUAAUGUCAGAUUUACUCGAACAGGUCUCUUCCAAUUAUGAACAUUAUCUAGAGUUCUUUAACACGUACACAUCAGAGGAUAAUGAAAUUCAGUUACAGAUACGAGAUAUAAAAAACAAACUUGAUACCUUUAUGACAGGGUUUGACACAUUGACCAAGAAAGAUAUUGCUCAUUAUAAAGAGAUUAUUAGCGACACAGUUGAAUAUCUACGAAAGUUAGAUGAGAUAAUUACACAACUGAGGAGUCACAAGGAGCUUGCGCAAAAUAUUGCGUUAAGCAAAGAAUUAAGUAAAUCAUUACAUGUAUUAUGUGGGGUCGAGGAGAUAGACGACAUUCUUUGUGCUGAUCUUGUGAUGCAAUUAUAUACCCUAAUCUCUAAAUGUGAAACAAUGCUGUUAUCUCUCGAACAAUUAAACUCUCCUUAUAUUCAUCAUUUGUAUAAUGAAUACCAAGGAAUAAUACAGGAAUUCCAAGUAUCAUUAAAAAUUCUAACCGAGAGAUGUUUAGGAGAUCCAACAGCAUAUCCUGAUCUCUCAAAAGCUUUGGUUUCAUUUGUUAAUACGACCAAAUCGAUGAUGAACUAA